CGUUUCGAUUUCUAUAUGUUUGCCAUUACCGAGAAUAACUUCAACGAGUACUUUCUGAAAGCUAGCUUGGCUUUCCUUGGAAAGGAGGAGGGUUCUUACUCUGAUUAUAGUGCAGUCUUCAAAGAAAAUGCUCCCUGUGAGAAAGGCAGUGCGAUUGUGGAGGAGGCAAUGAGUUAUUUGAAGGCAGAAAGCAGUACUUGCCUGCUUCAGCAUAAGAGCCACAUCCAGAUGCUCCUUGCGAUGGGUGUUCGUGACUGUCCUGAGCAAGUGGAAGUGUAUAGCCAAGUGAUGAAAAGCGUUGGAAGUUAUCUGGAUAAGUGGGAGAAAGAUCUGUGCGAGGAGUAUUUCUGUGGGAGCUUCGGUCUGGUGGACAUCGCUGUGUACUGCAGCACAUUCAAUCUGUUCCGCUACGUGAUGGUUCCCACGUGGCGAAGCCUCUACCCGAAGAUAUCCUUGGAUGGGCCGUGUGUUGGUCUGGCUUAA